UACCAAAAAUGAACGCAACCAAGAAAAGACAACCGCUGCCAAAGAAAUCUUCUGUGGAUUUUUCCCGGGGAAAAUAAUUUCAAAAUUCCAGAUUGGAAAUGAUCAAGUCUUUCACAAAUAAGAUAAAAACAUUUGUGUUUAAUGACAGUUCACGGGACAACCAUGUGACCCAAAGCCGAAAGCGAAAAAGAGACCAGAGCGAAGGGGACGAACAUCUUGAUGACGAUGUUGUAGUGACGUCGGUGAAAAAAGCGAGAAAACUCGAGCCCCAGACAGCUACACUCAACUAUUUCAACACUCUGAUCGUCAACCCCUACCAGAAGAUGGCUGAAUGGUUCCAGAAGAAGCGAGCCUGGUCUGAUCACUACUUCUUUAAGAAGGCCCCCAAUGGGGACUCGAGAGUCGAGGAGUCGAGCGGGGGCAGUACUAGAGUUGAUCAGAGUCAAUCAACCGUGACCACACAGGGUCAUACCUCUGUGGACAAUAGGACAACAAUGGGGUCACAUGCCCCCAAUGGGAAUGGUCGCCAUGGUUACCACACAGGAGGGUCGCUCGGGACAAAUGAUGGGAUGGUUCAGGCUCGCAAUAUAUCCACAUCGAUAUCGUCAUCAAACCCAGCACAAAGUCACCCCCCUAACCAGACAGAAUCCGCCGGAAAAUCAUCAACAUCUCAAACAUCUCGGACCACUACCUCAGUUCAAACAGAAAAUUCAGAUAUCGGCUAUAGAAUGAAUGAAUAUGAGACUGUACAGUUAAAUCGCCAUGACAACAGAUCUUUGUUUUCCCGUCCGCCCCGCCAGAAAUUUACAGCUCUAGAGUGUGUUCGACUUGACGAGAUGAAGAAAUACAAGCAGCUAUUGCAACACUACACCAGGUAUUCCCUGGAGAAAUCAUCCCACUCUCCCGAACGGCUCGGGGCAUCGCAGCUGUUGCAUUAUGGCUCUCGGACAGAAGGCAGUAUAUCAGGCAGCAAUUCCUCCUUGGAACUAUAUUCUGUCAGUCGGCAGCCCGAUGUAAGAAGACAGAAAGUAGUUCCCACACAAAAAACGUGUGUCAUAUCACCGCCACGGCACAAAGAAAACAAACAAACGAUAUCCCCGCGUCAACAUCUGGUCAUGUCGCCGCGGAGAUUGACAGAGACGGAUCAGCAGGGAGCGUCAAAGUCGGAGAGUCAGGAGGAGGUUGUUUGUCUGGACGACGAGGACAGUGAUGUCAUCUGUAUCCCUGACGACCACGAAAAAGCAUACUCCCCCACAGUCAAUGGUUUCCUUUCACCUGGAUCAAGGUUAGCCCCUACAAGGAGUCCUGAAGUCAUCCCUGAUCAUCCUCAUGUAACACAGCGCUGGGAUCCCGCCUUCCAGUCCAGUAAAUACUUGUCAGAGGACUGGAUCGUAGAUCUGGAACGACAGUUUUCAAGAGCAAACAGAGAGGCUCAACGAAAAAUAAAAGAAGCAGAAAUAAAAAAGAAAUUUCAUGAAGAAAAGCAUCUGCGGAAGGACCAGUCUCUGGAGAGUCAGGUCAGACAGAGGCUGCGGCUGUACGAGGCCGAGCCCCCCGUCCUCGAGGACCAACAGGUGGAGGAGGACAAGUUCCCAGAACUUACAGACAAGAUGCUGGCAGUGGUCAAUGACGCACUGCGUCCCCAACCAUCGGAGGAAGUUCUCGUGGAGGGCUACAAGCUACAGAUCCGACGACGAGACAUGGAAUCACUGGCAGGCCUCAACUGGUUAAAUGAUGAGAUCAUCAACUUUUACAUGAAUCAGUUAGUGGAGAGGGGAGAACAGGAAGGAAAGCCCAAGGUGUAUGCCUUCAACACAUUCUUCUACCCCAAGGUCAUGGGUCAAGGUCACGAGUCAGUCCGGCGGUGGACGAGACGAGUGGACAUCUUCUCCAAGGACUACAUCCUGAUCCCGGUUCAUCUCGGCAUGCACUGGUGUCUCGCUGUGAUCGACUUCAAAAAGAAGAUGAUUCGAUACUUCGAUUCUAUGGGAGGGAAUAAUGUGAGCUGUCUGAACGCCCUCAAGGACUACUUGUGUGCAGAGAGCCUGGAUAAAAAGAAGCAGAAGUUUGAUCUGUCAGAAUGGAAGACUGAAAUAGCAAAGGACAUACCCCAGCAGAUGAAUGGGAGUGAUUGUGGGAUGUUCGCCUGUAAAUUCGCCGAGUACAUCACACGUGAGGCGGACAUCAACUUCUCACAGGAACACAUGCCCUACUUCAGAAAGAGAAUGGUCUACGAAAUUGUCACCAAACAACUUCUCCAGUGAGACACAAUUACAAGGAGAGAAAAUAGAAGCAGCUGUAAAAUUCAGUCAGGAAAAAUAUUUCAAAAGAAAAAAAUAUAUUUCAGAACACUUCUUGCCUCACUGUUUUUUUGUGUGAAAAAAAAUUCUGAACACUGCCUCCCCCCGAAAAAAGACGGAAAAGCUUUAAGAACACUUUCCAACACAAAAUUUGAAUACAAUGAGAGGAUAUGGAUGGAAAGAAGUGAGUAACUAGCGAGACUGAAGAGAUCUACCCCCUCCCUGAAAGUCGCUUCCUGUUGUGUUGACCAUUCUGGAAUGAGACUUCCUGUAUGGUGACCUCUUGGGGAGAAAUACUUCCUGUUUUGGUGACCUUUCUGGAAUAAUACUUCCUGAUUUGGUGAAUAGACACUGUACACAGAGCUGGUGUGUUUUAAAAUGAGGUUAUUUAUAUAAACUGAUGUGAAGAAUUUAUGGUACGAGUGGUUGAUUCCCAUGGUAACAAGCACCCAACAGAUCAAAGACUCUAUGAGUGGUAUUUAGCGGGGCAUUUCUCAUCGAUUUUUGAGUUGGUCACUGGUUGAACUGUAUUUCUGUUUGAGUCGAUAGAUAGACAAAUGUUGUCAACAGUGGGGUCAAAAAUAAAGUCAAAAAAUUGAAGUAUGGAAGUGACCUAUGAAAAAACAGCUCACUGAUUAUUCGAAUAAGAUUCGUUGUAACAAAAAUUGUUGGCGAAGUUAUUGAGAUGACAACAGCUUAGAGACAUUUGUGAAUUGUUACGCUACGUAUAUAAAAGUGCUUAUGAAAUAUACUUGAAAAAAUCGUUAUAGGAGGAACCAGAAUUUCCUUUGUUGUAAAUUGAUGUGUAAAUACUGAAUAAAUAUUGUAAAACCAA